AUGAACAUUUAUACUAUAGUAGAAUUAAUUAAACUCUCCGAAUAACGAGGUGUCGAAUUACUUAUUGAUGCCUUGAUAGUUGGGAUAGAAAUGGGGAGAAGGAACAUUGAGAAUCAAACGCAAAUUCAAAAAAUUGUUGAAUUACUAACAUUAUUGAAACGAAAGAUAGAUUUAAACAUCUACUCUCCUUUUCUAAGGGAUGAGAUAUUUGAUAGAGUGCUCAAUAAGAAAGAGAAAUUAGAAGAUAUUCUAUAUGGUAUUCAACUAGAGUUCCAAAGAUAAUCGAAGAUUAAACAACAAAAUAAUAUUUGUGAAAUUUGCAGUCAACCUGUUAAUAGUCAAAUGGAGAAAUUCAAUGCUCAAUGCAAUCAUCAAUUUCAUUAGUAGUGUGUGACUCCUCUGUUAACUCAUGUUAUGGAAAAUUAAAAUAGCUUCAGAUGUCCUUUGUGUGGUCAUACUACUUUACAACAGGAUUUGGAAAACAAAAUAAAAGACAAUAUAACUUUUAAAAAAUCUUGUUGUCCUACUCCGUAAUGCGGCAAACGAUUCUCAUAUGUUGGAUAAGAAAUUUAUAGAUGCACUGAUUGUGGCAAGAGAUAUUGCUUAAAAUGUCAAUCACAAAGUCAUGCAAUUAAUCAACAGAAUCAUACUGUCAAGGCUGUCAAAUUUGAAAUGGGUGAUAAUUAUAAGGAAUGUCCAAAAUGCAAAUUAUGGGUAAAAUAAAUGAAUGCAGAAAGAAUAUUGAAUUGUCAAUAAUGUAAAUACAAAUUUUGUUUUGGUUGUGGUGAUAGAGAUGGUGCAUGUUCUUGCAAUAAAGUUAACGGAGCCUUUUAUAAUAGCUAUAUGUGGAUAAAAAAGAAGAUAAUAGGAUGAUAUGAUAAUGCAUAUAUAAUUGUAUUUAUUGAACUUCUUUUUAA